UUUGUCCCGCGAAAACUUUGCGCAGUGUCGGGCAACAUAGCUAGUCUUCUCAAAGCUAUUUACAUUUAAAACAUUCACCAAUUUACAAUUAAAACUAUAUACAGGCUAUGCUGUUUACUUCCUUUCAGAGCCUGCUUUCAGAGCCUGCUUUCAGAACAGCUCUGAAUCCCUCUAUCGUGUCGACCGAGGUUGUUUUAGAUGUUGAUUCCAAUCCCUAAUGGUCUUUGGGAAGAAUGAUUGUCAAUAGGUGUCUUUUUUUAUUCUUUCUUGGUAAAAGCGGCCUAUACCUCUGGUCCGACUGUCAUUGUGGAUUACAUAUUGUUUUCUGUCUAUAUCUAUUAGCCCAUGCUGGAUUUUAAAUAGCAUACAUAGUCUGUUGGUUUUCCUACGUUCUUCCAGGCUUUCCCACUGUAGUUGUUUAACCAUGUGUGUUACACAGCCAUGUGUUCGGUCUUUGUAGUUGUAAUGGACAAAUCUUGCUGCUCUUUUUUGAACUUGUUCUAAUGAUUUGAUCUUUUUUAGGCUUGAUGGAUCCCAAACUGUGCAGGCAUAUUCCACUGAAGGUCUUACCAUGGCUGUAUAUGCUGCUGCUUUUACUGGUUUGGUGCAGUCUUUCAGAUUUCUUCGGAUAAAUCCAAAUGUUUUAUUUCCUUUGCCUACAAUGUUGUCAAUGUGUCUAUCCCAUGCAGGAUAGGUUGUUGCUGAUAGUUACGCCUAAGUUUUUGCUGGCAUCAACAUUGUCUAGUGUAUGUCCGUGAAGUUUGUAAUAGGUAUCUAUUACUUCUUUGUUCUUCUGUGUUAUUCUCAUUACUAUGCAAUUUUUUUUUGCGUUGAAGCUCAUUUGCCAUUUAUUCUCCCAGUCUUCUAAUGAUGUUAGGUCUUUUUGCAAAAGGUCACUGUCUGCCUUGUUGUUGAUUGUUCUAAAGAGAAAGCUAUCAUCUGCAAAUAGUUUGGUUUCAGAUGACGUUGAUGUUUCUGGCAUAUCAUUUAUGUAGGUCAGAAACAAUAGAGGUCCAAGAACUGUGCCUUUGGGAACGCCAGAUAGUACCGGGACUUGAGAGGAGACAGCUCCUUCUAAUAUUACGCUCUGCAUUCUAUUUUCGAGGAAAGAACGAAUCCAUUGUGUAGCUUUAAGGUUAACUCCAUAAUAUUCUAGUUUGUGUAAAAGGCGAUGGUGUGGUACUUUGUCGAAUGCUUUUGCAAAGUCAAGAAGGAUAAUGUCGAAUUGGGAUCCUAUUUCCAGUUUAUUUGCAAUGUCGUUGAUGGUUAUGAUUAUUUGUGAUUCGCAUGAUCGUUUUUUUUUUUUUGCGGUAUCCAUGCAUGCUGUGCAUUAGUUAGGAUGUUAUGUUUGUUAAAAUGCAGAGGCGGAUUUAGGGGGAGGCAGGGUGCCCGGGCCCCCCUUUUGUGGGAAAAAUUUGGUUGAUUAUUUAGGGACCACUGAAGCAUGACUGGAGCGGGUCCCUUCUUAUGGCAGUCAGUGGGCCCCCCUUAUGAAAAUUUCUUGAUCCGCCACUGAAAUGGUCCAUUAUACUGCUUUAAACUAUGUGUUCCAAAACCUUGUGAUGGAGGUAAGUGACACAUGUCUGUAGUUGGAAGCUAAAUGUCUUUCGUCUUUCUUGAAUAGGGGUACCACGUUAGCAUCUUUCCAAUCUUGUGGGACUUCACCGGUGUUGUGUGAUGUUUGGUACAGAUCUGUAAGAAAAGGAGCGAAUUGGUCUGCCGCUGUUUCAGUAUGAAGGAUGGAAUUGAGUCUGGACCAGUAGCUUUGUGUGGUUUUAGGUUAUUUAGUAGUUUGUGUACUCCCUUGGUGCUGUUUUUGGAUCCUGUAGCACUGAUUUUCGUUGGUUCAUGUCUGGGAUUUUGUUUUUCGUAAAUUGUUUUGUUAUAAAUUAUGCCGUUAGUUUUCUCCAUUGAAUUGUUUCAUAUUUUUCAUGUCGGGGGGCCUUUUAUAGCCGGCUAUACGGUAUGGGGGUUUUCUCAUUGUUGAAGGUCGUACGGUUGCUUAUUAUUGCCCACAUCCUCUUCAUUUGAACUUUGGUGGAUAGUUGUCUCAUUGGCAAUCAUACCACAUCUUAUUUUUAUAUAUACCACAUCUCCGUAUUGUUAUACUAAUCCGGCUUUGUAUUAAGUUUAUUCCCUUUCAUUUAUGGUAACACAAUCCUUUACUUAUGAGUUUGAAUGUCCCUCUGGUAUCUUUCACCUCUCUUUUACGUUAAAAUCAUUUUCCAGUUUAUUGAUUUGAUAACAUUCUGUGCAAUUAAAAUCUUAAACCAAGCCACAAACACGGAUUCGUUCGGAAACAAUAAAUUUAUAUAAGUCGUCUUCAUAAUCGUAUCUUGAGAGAUUUUCAUUCGUAUGAAAAUCCAGAAGUGACAACCUCGCUGUCAAUGCAAUCAAUGAACGUGAAGUACAAGUUCCAAUGACACGUUUUAAUCACUUUUAUCUUCCAUUUACAGUGCCGCAGGAAUAUUAAUCCACUUAAAAAGGGGGGACAAACACUGCGCUUAAUGUUCAAAUAAAUGUCAUUUUGUUUCCGGCUUUACCUGUGAAGACUAAUUAUGCAUUAUCAAUGUGAAUUAAAAAGAGCAGGUGUUAUCAAACAUUUAUCAAUUAAUCUCAAAGUUUACUUAACAAUUAGAUAGCUUAUCAACACCGAAUGUUUCGUUCUCUGCUUGAGUAAAUAAAUACCGCUGAGACAACUAACAUGUGUUUGAAACUGUCCUAUCUUGUCAGGGGCACGUCAAAGAAAACAUACAAUGGACGUUGAUCUGUGAACCUCUCAAACAAGGAUUAAAACUUAUAUCUUCUUAACGAUUAAAUAUUUGAACAAUAAAAUAUACUUAAAUUAUGUGUCAGUUGCAACUUGACUUAUUUACAUAUGAAUUUGACAAGCUGAUUUUUCAAUGUACAAUAUUAUUUUUUCUUUAUUUCAAGGAUUUAUAUAGUACUUUAUAAAUCUUUGUUUAUUUCAAAUAAACAGUGAUAUGUAACCAUAUAAUUACAGAAAAAUCAAGGGUCAAGUACUUUUUAUUUACAAAUACACAAAUCAUAUUUAAAAAUUUUGUUGUAAAAUUUAAAAUGAACUACGUGAAAAAAGGAUGUAUUUCUCAAUGAUGCAUCCACUGGAUUGGAAAUAUCGAUAUCCACAUUUGAGAUGUGUGUUUUAUAUUGUCACAAAAUAAUAAAUUUCAAAGAUCGAUUUACAGAUAUCUAUUAUUCAUUUUUUUUUACAACAACUACAAAUGGAACAAAGAAAAACAAACUUUAUGCGCAAUCAAUACAAAUCAUUGUCGAAUAUAGCCAGAAUGAACUGCAAAACCUGCAAGUACCUUUGUAACAUGUGUCAUUUAUGGCGUGGUAACAUCUGUAUUUCCCAAGAUGUGACCAGACAAGUAGUUGUUAAAAAUAGACAUGGACAUUAUCGUGAAUACAACAGUCGUGCAAUCAAGUUUUUUGAAAAAAAAUAGACAUGGACAUUAUCGUGAAUACAACAGUCGUGCAAUCAAGUUUUUUGGAAAAAAAAUAGACAUGGACAUUAUCGUGAAUACAACAGUCGUGCAUACAAGUUUUUCGAAAAAAAAGUUUGAAUGUCGUGUACUUUUUCAUAAAAUAAAGUCAUCGGAAUCUUUUUUGUAUAGUUUUCCUUGACCCCCCUAAGUCUCUUGUUAACAAAGAAUUAUAUAACAACGUAAUAUAUCUCUCGGUUUUUUAACCAUUGUAUAAAUUUUGUGUUUUUUAACUACUUAACACCUACUCAAGAUUAGAAAGUGAAACCUUCAAGUUGACGCAAAAGCUGAGUGUGAGAGGUCCGCAUUGAAUAUUUAGGUACAGGUAUAUAUAAUAUAUUAUAUACACGGAACAGGGGCGGAUCCAGCCAUUUUUAAAAGGGGGUUCCCAACCCAGGAUAAAGGGGGGUGGGGGUUCCAUCUAUAUGUCCCCAUUCAAAUGCAUCGAUCGUCCAAAAAAAGGGGGGGUUUCAAUCCCCGGAACCUCCCCUCUGGAUCCGCCACUGCGGAAACACCUUUCUGUAGAUAGCAGAAGAGUAACAUAAUUUUUCUCAGCACCAAUGUGUAAGUAACCGUGACCCUCAUCAUAGUCCAGCUCUUCUUUUUUUUAAAUACUCCCCCCCCCCCUUUCCAAAAAAAAAAAAAAGAAAAAGAACGUUUCCGUAGAGCUUUUCUCCGACACAUUUUCUCUUCUUUUAUGUUUGCCUUCCUCUAACAGUUAACCUGGGACUAUUACACUAAUAUUCUAAUAGUUCCUUUUAAAGGCUGUAAUUUAAGACAAAUCAUCGUUUAUAAAUGUAAAAUAUCUCAAAUAAAAUUCUUAUAUCUUGAUACACUUUUCUAAAAUACAAAUUAUGUAUACUGUAAUUUCGUAUUGGCAUUGUGCAGGCACCGGGCACAGCCAUAAUAUACAGUAGUUAUAAAUAAUUAUAUAAAUAAAUCCUGCAGUAUACACGGACACGUGUCAAGUUGCACCAGUAUAUAUAUAUAUAUAUAUAUGGGGUAAUUUUAUUACGUAUUUUGAUCCAUUUAUCACCCAAAUACCACCCCUCAGUUCACGAGAGACGUGGGACCUGGGACAGUGACCUGGGACUACCCGGUGGGACCAUCUAAACCAAAUAUAAAUAUAUACAAGACCCAGACAACAGCAAACACUAACUUAUGAUUUAAUGAUACAGGUCUACGAUUUACAUAUUUCAAUAUAAACGUUUAUAUGUAUUAUCAAUGCUGAAAUAUUGGUUUAGAAUAAAAAAUAUGAAAGAUGGUUUACUGUAUGAUACCUAUAUGUGUAACAAAAACAUGUUUAAUAAUAAUAUUGAAUGCUGGUAUUCAUCCAUAUAUUACAUUUUUAAAAAGCUGAAUAUUCAUAAUUUGGAGGUAAAGCUCAACUUUUUUAUCAAGUCAGUUAAUCAAAACUUUGUAAUAGUUUUGUAAAAUUUUGGAACACAAAAAGAAGAGAUACAAAGAGUUGUAAAUUAAAUACUUACUUCAAACUUAAAACUUGUUUUUCGAAAGAAAUGUAUCUAUCUUUAAACAAAUUUCAAUUGAGAAGUGCCAUAUGUAAAAUCAGAAUCAGUGCACAUGAUCUCAAAAUAGAAAGAGACAGGUAUAAAACUUUAUAUAUAGAAAGAGACCAAAGGCUUUGUAAGAAAUGUACUCUAAAUUUGGUUGAAGAUGAACAACAUUUUAUUACUAGUUGUCCAGCAUACAAUAAUGAUAGGGAGAUAUUUUUCAAGGAGAUAAACUGUAUCUGUCCCAAUUUUAUAUAUCUUUCAAAUGAGGCAAAAUUUGUUUGGUUAUUUACUAAUGAAAAUUUGUCUAUACUUAAAUAUUUAGGGAGCUAUAUUAUUACAUGUCUAGAUGUAAGACGAAAUCAUUAAUUAACGUAUGUAAUAACAACUUGAUAAUUGUAAUGAUUUUAUAGUUCUGAUCCUGCCUGGAAUUAAAUGUAUGUGAUUUUUUAUAGAAUGAAGAAAAUAACAUCUGUCUGAACUUUUUAAUGUUUCAUUUUUAUAUAUAAAAAUGUUUUUCUGUUACAAAUCAUGGUGUAUUGUUUUAUGUGUUCAUGUUAUGCUGCCCAUCAAGGGCCCGGCCUUGAUUGGAAUAAUAAAUAUUCUUAUUACUGAGGACAUAAUAAUGAAGGUGUUAUACUGGAAUUCCCAGAUAAUAAUACACUAAAAACCCAAAAUAAAAAUAAAAAGGGGGAGAGUAAUCAGGAACAUAUAUAUUGAAUCGAGUAUCAUGACACGAUAUUUUCAUCCUUCAAAUACGCAUGUGUCAAAAACGACGUUUAUUCCCGCACAAAUUGACAUUUGGAGCCUCGAACUGUCAGAGUAUAUCAUCCAAUGGCAAUGAGCAACGCAGGUACUUGGCCAAUCACAACGUUGUUAACUAAUAUUGUAAUGAGACACGUGGUCCCGCGUUUGUCAAAUAUACUACCACGAGGUAGACAGGGAAGCGUUGUUGAUAGUGUGUUUUCUAAAAAUUCAGCAGAGAAAUUGUAUUAUUUUGGAACUUUGAAAAUGAAUGACAGCUUGAAAAUUAAAAGAACCAAAGAUCUGAAAUUUUUAAGACCAUGGGAAAAUGAUUAUGAUUCUGAGGAAAGAAGAAAAUAUUCCAUUGGAUUGCAAAAUGACAACAGAAAAAGAAGAGGCAACUUGCCAAAAGAAGCAGUCCGUGUUUUAAAAGGCUGGUUAUAUGAACAUAGAUACAAUGCAUACCCCUCAGAUCAAGAGAAAGUUUUCCUAUCAAAUGCAACCAAUUUGACAGUUCUUCAAGUGUGUAACUGGUUCAUAAAUGCUCGACGUAGAAUUCUACCAGAAAUGAUAAAGAAAGAUGGUCAGGAUCCUCUGCAGUAUACUAUAACUAGAAAACACAAACAGUCACUUUUAGACUGUGUAACAUUCUCAUCUGACCAAGAAAGCUCACCAGAUCAGCGUCCUCGUGAUUGUUUGAGUUCCCCGUCUAGAUCUUCUGAAACAGAUGGAUAUGUUUCUGACUUUGAAGCAUCCUCUAGUGACUUUUUCUCUGAAUCAGAAUCCAUGUCUGAUCAGGGUGACAAUACACCAGCAGCUAAAUUGCCUAGAAUGAGUUAUUCACCUGUUAAAAACAAUAAAGUGGAAGAUAAUUUUUGGCAAUCGGGCCCAGUUGACUUAACAAUGAAUAAACCAAAAGCAAAUAAAUCAAAUUCAGACUUUAAUUCAUUUUUCUUGUUAGUUGAUGUUGCAAUAAGUCAGAUGGAGAAGAAAGAAGAAUCAUCAGGAUCAGAAUCAUCAACAGUGUCUAAUUCAUCAGUAUGACAUUUCUGAAAAAAGGGGGGGGGGGUUUAAAUGUGCUAUAGAAAAAUCAAUAUUAAUACAAUUUGUUAAAAUAUGUAAAUCAGUUAAACUUUUUUUGUAUUUACUAAAAUGUGUUAUAGAAUGAGCUUCCUGUGUUUUGUUUCUAAGUGGGAUAUUUUUUUUUUAUUCUCCUGCCACACUUUACCUGUUAUAUUAAUUGAUUACAAGGCCAUCUGAAGACAUUUAAACUUUAUACAGGUAAUAUUUACCUAUGCUGGAUAAACAUGUUUCCCGCUCUUUUGUAUUUUAAGUGACAUUUUAAUUGUUAUUAUGAUUCGCUUGUUACGAUUGGAUGCAUUUAAAGUUCAUGACCUGCAAUACUUUAAAAAGACGCAGGUAGUGAAUCAUUGUUUCAUUGAUUUUACUAUGCAAUGUGUUACACAAGGAUUUUACAAAUUCUAUUUAAAAUAGGUGAUAUACUGUUGGACAUGUAUGUUUAAAGUCUUUUUUGUAAUUUUACUAUGUUGAUUUGUAUAAUCAGUGAAAAAAAUAAAUAUAUAUAUAUAUAUAU